AGUGUCCUGGCCAUUCCCAAAACCUGGUCCCAGGAUUGGAGAUUUCAUCCCUCCCAGAUCUUUGAAAUCUCCAGGCUCCAGAUCCCAAAACAGACUAUGAAUGAGAAAACCAAAAAGCCAGUUUCCUCUGCAUUACAUCAAUCUUCUGGAGACCCUCAACCUGCCUGGUUGAGAUUCCAGGAACCAUGCACCAGAACACCUGUGCAAUCAGUGUCCUGGCCAUUCCCCAAACCUGGUCCCAGGAUUGGAGAUUUCAUCCCUCCCAGAUCUCUUUAAAAUCUCCAGGCUCCAGAUCCCAAAACAGACUCUAUGAAUAAAUGAGAAAACCGAAAAGCCAGUUUCCUCUGCAUUACAUCAAUCUUCUGGAGCCCCUCAACCU